AUGUCUGUGUCAGCGAUCUUUGGCACCGGAAUCGCCACAGUCGGUUGUUCCCCGGCUCUCCGCCAGUUUCAAGUUCCGAAACUGGGAAACGGAGGAGGAGUGGGAGGAGGAUUGGGGAUGGUGAUAGAGUGUUCGUCGAGGCCGCAGAAGAAAUCGACGGCUCAUCACAGGAAGACGAGGCCGAAGAAGACGCAGCCUUGGGACAUUAAGAGGAAGCCCACCGUUUACGCUCCUCUUCCUCCUCUCCCGCCGGAUUGGUCUCCUCUCGCUCUUUCUUCCGACGACGCUGGUGUCACUAGCGCCACCGCCGGGGAUUUGGUUUCAGGCGGUGCCGCCUAGUUAUGAGAUAUGUACUGGUCGGGUGUUGGAACCUAGUUGAGAACUUAUGUUGCUGUCCGUUUCUGUCAGUGUGUUUCUGUUUUCAUGAUGUCUGUUUCCUCUUAUCAACUUUGUGUUUGAACGGUGAAUGAAUGUACCAAACUGCUAAAUUUUAAAGCUUCAAGCUUUUUCCUCUGUU